AUCCAUCCUCAGAUGCAGCUGUAAUCUAACACCACACGCACUCUUGACCAGCUGAAACAUACGUAAAGAGUUUUAGUUGAAGCUGUCCAGCUCGACCGACGCUUUCAUUAACAAGGCAGAGUGCUUGUGCGGAGCUCGGCCGAGAGUAGCGACGGAAGGUCUGAUGGCUUGCGCAUUCUCGGGCGAGCAGACAGCAGGAAUUAAGAGACGACGCACGACAUAAAAGAAGUUCAUAGCCGCUAUCUUGCAGCCGUGUCUGCUUCGUACCAGACUUUAGAGACUCUUUAGCCGCGAACAAACCAUCAAUUAAUCAACACAAUGGAGAAGACCAAAUACGUUGAUCGUGAGAUUCCAAAGAUCUCCCUCCACGACUUCGAUAGCCGCAUCGACAUCAUAACCCGCGAACUCGUCGACGCUGCGGAAAAUGUCGGAUUUUUCUCUGUGAUCGACCACGGGCUCUCUCUUGCUGAGAUUGAGUCCAUGUUCCAGACCUCUGAAUCCUUCUUCUCGCUUCCGGAUUCCGUCAAGGCAAACGUCCCCUGGAAUCCCAACAAUGUCGGCUGGGAGAAGUGCUCCCAAGUCCGGCCGUCCACGGGCAUGCCCGACAUCAAGGAGUCCUAUCAGAUGCAAUUCGGCGAGAACAUGAACGGCAUGUGGCUUCCGGACGAGAACCUGCCCGGGUUCCAGGAGCGAAGUCUGCGCUUCAUGAGACGUGUGCAGGGCGUCAGUGAGAAGCUCAUGAUCUGCCUCGCCCGAGGACUGGGCUUCGAGGAUGAUUUCUUCAUCAAGGCGCAUGACAUCACUCGACCGAACAGCCAGACAUGUUGCAGACUGCUACACUACUAUCCCACGCCACGCACAGCGGACGGCACAGUCUAUCAGCGCGCCAGCGCCCACGCCGAUUGGGGCUUCCUGACUGUGCUCUUCCAGCGUGACGCCUCGCAGAGCGGUCUCGAGAUCUGCCCGGGCCGUGAAACUGUUACGGAGUUUGGUCGCGGUGAUGCCUGGACCAAGGUGCACCUUUCCGCUGGCGACAUCAUCUGCAAUAUUGGCGACCUGCUCAUGUCAUGGUCCGAUGACCGCUUCAAGAGCACAUUCCAUCGCGUCAAGGCACCCUGUGAGGAAGGAGAUUAUUAUGGCGAGCGAUACAGCAUCGCAUUCUUCAACCAGCCCUGCAAGGACACCCGAAUCCAGGGACCGCUGAAGAAGUUUCCGAUGGUGACGGGCGAGGAGUUCACGAGAGAAGCAGCAGGGCGGUACUACCGCGCGUUACAGGAGAAGCUAGAGGAAGAGAAAAAGAAGAAUCAACGAGCGAGUGGAUUUGAUGGGGACGAUGUACGUGGACGGAUGAGGGAAGAAACGGCUAGCCCGGUGCAGGCUAGAGCAUGAUGAGACGUGAUGACGAUGACGAGUUUCACGAGUUUCCUUGGCCAUUAUUCUUCUCGGGGUGGUGGUGUAUUUUCCUGCGUAGCAUAUCAAGGUGUGGUGGGUGGUUUUCUUACGUGCGUCGAGCCCUUUACCCCGGAUUUGUUUAAUAGCAAGUGUAUCAUUAGAUACACACACAUUCUUGCUCCCGUAGCAACAACGCCGGGGCUGAACAGAGUAAAAUACACUUUGUUUUCGUUGCAUGCUUCGUUUUUUGUUGGCAAAAUUCAGAGUACCAGCACUGUAGCACCACAAAUUUUGGCUAUCCCAUCCCGCGUUUCCACCC